UUAUCAAGUGUGAAACAUAUUAAAGCAUGCUCUCUGGGCUUUUCUUCAUCAUCCAAACUAUUUUAUCAACUCAACUUCCCUUUUCCUACUUUUUUUAUUUUCUUGCCUUAUUCCGUCUUGCAAUCAUGAACUACAAAACUUGCUUUCAUCUUCUCUUAGCUUUAUUCAUACCACGUUCCGUACUUUGCUUGGCUAUGACAGUCAGGAAUCUCAACUCUGAUCAGUUUGCACUUCUCGAGUUUAAGGAUCGCAUUGCCGGUCCUCAAAAUGUCUUGGCAGACAAUUGGGCGGCCUCAACCUCUGUUUGCAAUUGGAUUGGUGUUUCUUGUGGCAUCCUCCAUAAAAGAGUUAUAGCUUUGAAUCUUACAAGCAUGAAUCUUAGGGGUACUAUCCCUCCACACCUUGGAAAUCUUUCAUUUCUACUCUCUCUCGACUUGAGUAGCAACCAUUUUUAUGGCCAUCUCCCUAAAGAAUUGGGCCAAUUGCAUCAUUUGAGGAUCCUUCAAUUAAGCUACAACCGUCUGAAUGGGGAAAUUCCCUCAUGGCUUGGGAACUUACAGAGAGUUCGAAGGCUGCAAAUGAAAAAUAAUUACUUUACAGGCAGAAUCCCUGAAACACUUGUUAACAUAUCUAAUCUAGAGAUCUUGAACUUGGGACUCAAUCAAUUAUCUGGUCAGGUUCCAUCUUCCAUCUUCAAGAUAUCUUCUCUGAAGAUUAUUAUUCUCUCCAAUAAUAGCCUAUCAGGUAGUUUGCCAAAUGAUAUGUGUCAACAUCUUCCCAAGCUUGAAGUGUUUUACUUGCGUAGCAAUGAGCUAUCUGGUAACAUUCCGUCAAGUAUGGGCAAAUGUAGCAACCUUAAAAAUUUGUCCUUGUACUUGAAUCAAUUGACGGGGAUCAUUCCAAGAAGUAUUGGAAAUCUGACACAACUCAAAGAAUUAUAUUUGGGGUUUAAUAAUCUAGAAGGUCAAAUUCCUGAGGAAAUCGGUAAUCUUCUUGGUUUGGAAAUGCUUGAUAUUCAAGCAAUUAAAUGCCUUACAGGUCAGAUUCCAACUUCAAUCUUCAAUAUUUCUUCUCUGAAGACCAUUGUUCUCUCCAACAAUAGCCUCUCAGGGAGUUUGCCUACUGAUAUGUGUCAAUAUCUUCCCAAGCUUGAACUGCUUUAUUUGCAUAGCAAUGAGUUAUCUGGUAACAUUCCGUCAAGUAUGAGCAAAUGCAGCAACCUUAAAAAUUUGUCCUUGUCCUUGAAUCAAUUGACGGGGAUCAUUCCAAGAAGUAUUGGAAAUCUGACACAACUCAAAGAAUUAUAUUUGGGGUUUAAUAAUCUAGAAGGUCAAAUUCUUGAGGAAAUCGGUAAUCUUCUUGGUUUGGAAUUGCUUAAUAUUCAAGCAAUUAAAGGCCUUACAGGUCGGAUUCCAACUUCGAUCUUUAACAUUUCUUCUCUGAAGACCAUUGUUCUCUCCAACAAUAGCCUAUCAGGUAAUUUACCACCCAUCACCAAUGCUCCAAAGCUUGAGAUUCUUGUAUUGUGGGGAAAUAAACUUAACGGAAACAUUCCUAACUCUAUCUCCAAUGCUUCCAUGCUUAAGCAACUGGAAUUGUCACAAAACUUAUUCUCUGGUCCAAUCCCUAAAAUGCUGGGCAGCUUAAAACACCUUGAAGUGCUCAAUAUCUUUGUCAAUAAUUUGAUCACAGGAUCUGCUACUGAUCAUGAGUGGAGCUUUUUUUCUUCUUUGACGAAUUGUAGGAAUUUGAAAACCAUAGCAGUUUCAGGAAAUCCAUUGAGUGGCGUUCUUCCUACUUAUAUCAGGAACCUUUCAAAAUCCCUUCAAUACUUUUAUGCCUCUAAUUGUGAGCUUCAAGGCAUUAUUCCUAUGGAAAUAGGUAACUUAACCAACCUAUUGCUUGUACAGCUUGGCUAUAAUAAAUUAAGUGGGUUCAUUCCAACAUCAAUAGGAGGACUGCGAAAUCUCCAAAGUCUAGGUCUUUCCUCUAAUAAAUUAGGAGGGCCUAUCUCAGAAAGCCUCUGUGGUUUGGAGAGACUAUACGAGAUGUAUUUAGGGUUGAAUAAGCUGCAUGGAUCCAUACCCUCUUGUUUGGGUAAUAUUACUUCUUUGGGAUAUCUUCACUUAGAUUCCAACAAAUUGAGUUCUACAAUACCCUCAACUUUGUGGAAUCUUAAAGAUAUCUUAGAAAUAGAUUUAUCAUCAAACCAUCUUCACAAUUCACAUGCUAUUGAUGUUGGAAAUUUGAGGAGUCUACUGAAACUAAAUUUAUCAAGGAAUCUUCUCACGGGCGAUAUCUUAUCCACAUUUGGGGGUCUUAUAACUUUGGUUUCAUUAGAUUUAUCAAAUAACAUACUAUAUGGUCAAAUCCCUGAAUCAUUUGACGAGUUGAUUAGUUUGGAAUUCUUGGAUUUAUGCAAUAACAAUCUCUCUGGAGUCAUUCCCAAAUCUUUGGAAAAGCUUUUAUAUCUAAAGUAUUUUAAUGUGUCUUUCAAUAGACUUGAAGGGGAAAUUCCCAGCGAAGGAUGUUUUUCAAACUUUCCUAGCACAUCAUUCAUGAAGAAUUAUGCACUUUGUGGUCCCCCUAGAUUGCUAGUCCCACCUUGUAAAAACGACAUCCACAAAAACUCCCAAAUGAUUAUAUUGCAUGCUUUUAGGUAUGGUUUACCAACAAUUGGUAUUGUCAUAGUACUAAUAGUCUUAAACUAUUAUGUAUAGAAGAUGCCGGCGAAGGAGUACAACUCUACCAAUUAAAGAUGAUUUGCUGUCUUUGAAAA